CGAGCCUCCUCCAAACACACACACACACACAUAUGGGAAGGCGCCCAAGCGCGCGUCCGCUGCCUCUCUGCUACCGGGUUCCCUCGGAGCUGAGGCCUUCAACUGCCCCUCUCCCCCCCCCAAAAAAAAAAAAAGAGAGAGAGAGGCGUGGUGGGGAGACCAUGGCGCUGGUUCCCUGCCAGGUGCUGCGCGUGGCCAUCCUCCUCUCGUACUUCUCCAUCCUGUGCAAUUACAAGGCCAUUGACAUGCCCGCGCACCAGACCUACGGAGGCAGCUGGAAAUUCCUGACGUUCAUUAACCUGGUUAUUCAAGCAGUCUUUUUUGGGAUCUGCGUGUUGACUGACCUUUCUAGCCUUCUGACUAAAGGAAAUGACAGCCAAGAACAAGAAAGACAGCUCAGAAAACUCAUUUCCCUCCGUGACUGGAUGAUGGCUGUCUUAGCUUUCCCAAUUGGAGUUUUUGUUGUUACAAUGUUUUGGAGCCUCUACAUCUAUGACAGAGAGCUAGUCUACCCAAAGCUUCUUGAUAAUUUUAUACCACCAUGGCUGAAUCAUGGAAUGCAUACAACAGUUUUACCUUUUAUAUUAAUUGAAAUGAGAACGACACAUCAUGAUUAUCCCAGCAAGACCUAUGGUUUGAUUGCUGUGAGCAUCUUUUCUGUUGGCUACAUAUUAUGGAUCUGUUGGAUUUAUCACGUCACGGGUGUUUGGGUAUACCCUCUCCUAGAUUACCUUGGCUCAGGGGCUAAAAUUGUCUUCUUUGCCAUCGUAACUACCAUAAUUGGCAUCCUCUACCUGCUGGGUGAGCUGCUAAAUAAUAGCAUCUGGGAUACACAUAAAUGUAUGGAAGAAGGAAAAGAAAAGCCAAAAUUGGAUUGAAUAUGAGCUGAAAGAACAGAAAAGAAGACUCUUCUGCUUCAUGGAAGGCAUCUCUGUGUUGAGAGAUGUUGCAAGAGGAAGCCAUUUACUUGAACAAAACAUCUAUGAUACUUUUAUUAUUUCCUUAAGGGGGUAUUGAUUUGACAACCUCCUCCUCCUUCCUGAAAAUCUAAAUCUGCCUAAAAGACUUUAUUUGAUGGGUAUCUCUCCAAGGUCCUUAGCACAUGCCAUUAUGUUCAUCAAUAUUGCGUUCUUCUGGUAGCAGUGAGAAGAUUUAAGGGGAUUUAUUCUAGCUCUGAUGUAGAAAUACGAUUAGACAGACCAAGACUGAAUCACUGUGGAAAUCAUUUGUAUUUUCUGACUAUUGUCUGUGAUGUGGUGGAUGAGCCACCACAAACAAAUCAAAGAAAACUGUUGUGUUUUGAUUAAGUAGCUUGCAGUAGAUGCUGGAAACAAUGAGGAUGGAAUAGAAGAUUCAAGGUUAGGAAUGCUCUUGUGACAGAUGGGACACCUUCAAGAUACGACAAGGGGAGGAGGUGAAACUCUGUUGUUAUCCUCUUCCCUGCUUCAUUGUUAAUUAUUCCCAUUCUUCCCCCCACCCCC